AUGACAACACAAUCAUCAACAACAUCUUCCAUCCAUGAUCAUUGGACUUAUGAUGUCUUUAUCAAUUUUAGAGGAGAAGAUACUCGUCAUGGCUUCACAGGAUAUCUGUAUAAUGCUCUAACUAAAGUGGGAGUUCACACCUUCAUUGAUGAUGAGGAAAUAAGAAAGGGCGAUGAAAUUACUCCAACACUUUGCAAAGCAAUUGAAGAAUCUAGGAUGGCCAUUUGUGUGUUUUCUAAAAACUAUGCGACAUCAACAUUUUGUCUUGAUGAACUUGUCCACAUCCAUCAAUGUUUUAAGAGAGAUGGACGGCGAAUUUGGCCAAUCUUUUAUGAAGUGGAGCCAUCAGAAGUGCGACAUCAAAAAGGGAAUUAUGCUCAAGCUUUGGAUGACCAUAAAAUUAAAAACAAAGCUGAUGAAAACAAGAUGCAAAUUUGGAAGCUUACACUACAUGAAGUAGCUAAUAUCAGUGGCAAACAUCUCAUACCUAGGAUCAAGAAUGUUUACACAAGAAGGUUCUUUACCAUGGCAGAAACUUCUUCGGUUAUGAACUUGGCAAUGUGGGUUCUUGGCAUGGAAGAUGGUUUCACCAUGGAUGUUCCACUUGCUUUGAUACUUCACUACCACCACCAGAUCGUUGAACUCCUCGUCUACAUCGUUAAUCCCUCAAACCUUUUGGAGCUUCUUCCUCGAUCCAUCUUGGUCGCUCUAUCCUGGCAUGGUUCAUAUGAAUAUCAAUCAAUUUAUGAGAUUGUGAAAGAAAUCUAUGGCAUAAUCAAUAGUAGUCUCCCGUUACAUGUCAACGAUUAUCUUGUUGGAAUAGAUGAUAGAUUGCAACGAAUAAACUCUCAAUUACAACUUGGAUCAAAUGAAGAGGUCAUUAUGUUUGGAAUUUAUGGAAUGGGGGGCAUGGGUAAAACAACUAUAGCACGUGUCAUGUAUAACUCAUUGGCAGAUAAUUUUGAAAGUUUGUGCUUUCUUGGUGAUAUUAAAGCAAACUCAAUUAGCUUAGAAAGAAUGCAAGAGAAAAUGCUUUCACAGAUUUUAGGGGUGGACAUGAAAAUUGAAGAUGAAAAAAAAGGAGUUGCAAUAAUAAAAGAGAGGCUCAAACGAAAGAAAAUCCUUUUGAUUCUUGAUAACGUUGAUAAGUAUGAGCAAUUGCAAAAAUUAGCUGGUAAUUGUGAUUGGUUUGGUGCUGGCAGUAGGAUCAUUAUUACGACGAGGGACAAGCAUUUACUUGUAAAGCAUGAAGUUGAGAGAAAAUAUGUGAUGGAGGCAUUGAAUGAUAAAGAAUCUCUUAAAUUAUUAAGUUGGAAAGCCUUUAGAAGUAUGCAAGUUCCUGCAAGUCACAAGGAAGUUGUGGAAAAGGUGAUGCAUUAUGUGCAAGGUCUUCCCUUAGCACUAGAAGUUAUAGGCUCUAACUUGAAAGGUAAGACAAUAAGGGAGUGGGAAUCUGCAUUAAAUUUGUAUAAAAGAAUUCUUGAUAAAGACAUUUAUCAAAUAUUGAAAGUAAGCUAUGAUGGCUUGAAACCAGUUGAACAAGAAAUUUUUCUUGAUAUUGCUUGCUUCUUCAAUAAAACCUUCAAAGGAAGAUCACUGAACUAUGUCGAAGAAAUAGAGGAACGAGUUUGCAAUCUUGAUCCAAACUACAGUAUUAGUGUGUUGGUAGACAAAUGUCUUGUAAAGAUUGUGGGUGAUUGUAUUAGGAUGCACGAUUUAAUACAAGAUAUGGGAAGACAAAUUGUUCAUCAAGAAUCACCAAAUGAUCCUGGAAAACGUACUAGAUUAUGGAUCGAUCAAGAUAUAACUCAAGUUUUGGAAGAAGAUAUAACGGCCUUGAAUCUAAGUGUUUUGAAUCUCAAAAAGUGCCAAAAUAUUACACAAAUAACCAAUUUACCUGCCCUCCCACAUUUAAAAGAAUUAAAUCUUGCUGGAUGCAAGAAUUUAAUUGCCAUUGAUGAUUCAGUUGGAGAAUUAGAAAGACUUGAAAUCUUAGAUGUGCAUAAAUGUGCCAAACUUAAAACCUUUCCCCGUUAUAUCAAGUCAUCGUAUCUUAAACGGCUGUGUCUUUCAUAUUGCUCAAGCCUGAAGUACUUUCCAAAAAUACUAAAGAAAGUGCAACUAACACAAUUGGAGUUAAGGGAAACUGGGAUAGAAAAACUGCCUUCAUCAAUUUGCAAUCUUAUUCAUCUUUUGAAUAUAGAAAUUAGUGGGAAAAUCGAGCCACCAAGUUUGGACUUUUUGUUUCCAAAACAAUGUGAGAAUUUUGAUGAAGGUCAUGGAAAGUUGCUGGAGGAAGUGAUUCCAUUUCGACGAUUAAGGUUUUUGGAGGUACUUUCUUUAAAUGGGUGCAAGUAUUUGCAAGAAGUAGAAGGAAUUCCACCAAACAUAAGAGUGUUGGAUGCAACAGAUUGCAUAUCGUUGAGUUCAGAGUCGAGAAACUUUUUGUUGAGUGAAGAACUAAUUGGGACUUCACUGAUCAAACAUGGGCUUUAUAGAACCAUCCAAUUCAUGGUGCCAAGAUCAAGCAUCCCAGAAUGGUUGGAUCUCUGUAAGAAAGGAGGAUCUAUUUCUUUUUGGUUUCGUAACUCCUUUCCAUCUCUUUGUUUUUGUGCUCUUCUCAAACCAAGUUCUGAUGAUGCAAGUUUGGAUCCCGAGGUGCACAUUAAUGGAAAACCUACAAAAAUUGUUCCAUUGAUCAGUUUUUCCAAAAGUAUAAAGGAUCAUAUAUUACUCUAUCAACUUCAAGGACAUGGAUUUAAAGAAGGUGUGUGGAAUUAUGCACAGAUUUUAAUUGAGAACAACUGUCAAGAUUGGAAUGAUGUAAAAGAGAGUGGAAUUUAUAUGGUCAAACGAUAUUGCAAUAUGGAAGAUAUCCGAUUCACUUGCCCCUUAAAUUUGAAUUCUAUGAAUAUUGACCAAGGUACGUCUGCUAUUUAUAAAUAG